AUGGAUUUGCCUGUAAACCUAACCUAUUUUUAUCUUUCUACCCCUUCCUCCUUGGAGACCAACCGCAGCCUGGGGACAGACCUGCGUCCUAGGCCACCCCUUCUCUCUGUCUUCGGUGUGCUCAUUCUGACCUUGCUGGGCUCUCUAGUGGCAGCGACGUUCGCCUGGAACCUGCUGGUGCUGGCUACCAUCCUGCGUGUGCGCACCUUUCACCGCGUGCCGCACAAUCUGGUGGCGUCCAUGGCCAUCUCAGACGUACUGGUGGCCGCACUGGUCAUGCCACUGAGCCUGGUACACGAGCUCUCCGGGCGCCGCUGGCAGCUGGGCCGGCGACUGUGUCAGCUGUGGAUCACAUGUGAUGUGCUGUGUUGCACCGCCAGCAUCUGGAACGUUACAGCUAUCGCCCUGGACCGCUACUGGUCCAUUACCCGCCAUCUGGAGUACACACUCCGCGCCCGCAAGCGGGUCUCCAACAUUAUGAUUGCACUCACCUGGGCACUCUCCGCCAUCAUCUCCCUGGCCCCGCUGUUCUUCGGUUGGGGGGAGACCUACUCUGAGGGCAGCGAGGAGUGCCAGGUGAGCCGCGAACCAUCCUACACCGUGUUUUCCACGGUGGGCGCCUUCUACCUGCCGCUCUGUGUGGUGCUUUUCGUGUACUGGAAGAUCUACAAAGCUGCCAAGCUCCGCGUGGGCUCUAGGAAGACCAACAGCGUCACACCCAUGUCUGAAGUUGUGGAGGUAAAAGACUCUGCUCAGCAGCCCCAGAUGGUGUUUACUGUCCGCCAUGCAACUGUCACCUUCCAGACAGAAGGAGAAACAUGGAGGGAACAGAAAGAGCAGAAAGCUGCUUUGAUGGUGGGCAUCCUCAUUGGGGUAUUUGUUCUCUGCUGGAUCCCCUUCUUCAUCACCGAGCUCAUCAAUCCCCUCUGCUCAUGUGAUAUCCCUGCCAUCUGGAAAAGCAUUUUCCUUUGGCUUGGCUACUCCAAUUCCUUUUUUAACCCCCUGAUCUACACAGCUUUCAACAAGAACUACAAUAGUGCCUUUAAGAACUUCUUUUCUAGGCAACACUGA